CGUCCCGGAAUAACGACUAUCAGUGUGUACCGCGGCGUUUUCGCAUAUACCAGUGAAACGGGACACCCCUCGAAUUCUCGAGCAACGAUGCUGAAGGUACUGUGCUUCGUGUGUGCAACGUUUGCGUACAGCAACGGCGUUGUUUUGAGCGGUUACAACGGAGGCCACGGGAUCUCAUACGCCGAUUACGAGGCUCUCGAAGGAUACGCAGCAGGAUCCGCCGACUACGAAGGACAUGCGGUUCUGCCGACAGUGGCGGUCCCGGUGCACGCGGUUUCCGCUGCACCCGUGCACGUCACCGCAUCGCUCGAUCACGCCGCUCACGCUUAUGAGCACCACGCCGAUCAUGAGCACGAUUACUACGCACACCCGAAGUACACGUUCAACUACGGCGUCCACGACCCUCACACCGGCGACGUGAAAACCCAGCACGAAGUCCGCGACGGCGACGUCGUCCACGGAUCUUACAGCGUCAACGAGCCCGACGGCAGCGUCAGGAUCGUGGAGUACACGGCCGACGAUCACAACGGGUUCAACGCGGUGGUGAAGAAGGUGGGGCCGGCGAUCCAUCCGAAGCCGAUCCCCGUCGCGAAGUACGUCUCGCCGGCGUACUUCAACAGCUACGACGACUACGACAAGCACUAUUAAAUCCGCGAUCGAAACCAACGAUCCUCCCACCAACGAAACCGAAUAAAAAACGAAAAAUAGGCGGGGUCACCGAGGCUCCGGGACACUUUCCGGGAUCGAGAGAAGGGAAGAUCGGCGCUGGAUAUCGCGAGGCCGGACAUCGGCCAGCCCGGCUGAUCCUCGAGUGAUGCUUUAGAGUCCCGAAAUGACUAUCUUAAGAACCGAUCGACGCCGCAACGUCCCUGUGUUCAAUUUAUCAAUAACAGAGCGCCCGGUGAAAUUCUCCGCUUCCGUUUCCGUCGCUUCUCUCCUAGCUCUCUAGAUAUGUCUGACCUAACGGGUGGUGCGAUUGGUCUUAGUGCAUUACCAUGCCGGCGUAAUUCGCUGCGUUUGGUCGGACUUCCCGCGACUUCGGUGUCUUCGUAGUUCGAUAGAGAUAAACGGAACCAGCAAUUAUCGCAGACGGUUCUAGCGUCGAACGAUCGGUGCGUGACUCUCCUGCAAUUUUCUGACAACGCGAUUAAUUUAUACAUUGUGAUUCGGUGCGUUCGGUUGUCCCGGAAGUUCGUUUCGUCGUGCUCGCGUUCAAUGGCGACGCGUAGAGACGCCGAUCGAAAUCUGAUCGUCGCAAGAUCGAUCUUUUACGGGGCACACCGACCGACAAGCAGCAUGCGUGGUGAACAACGUUGUCACUAUUCUGAAAAUGUUGCCGUGCUUUUCAGGCUUCUACUCGUUCGAAAGCACCAUUCGCUUGUUCGACAUAUUGUUUUGGAUUCGCGUUAGGACACGCGCGCGCGUUCGCGUUUGUGAUAGCACAAUUUCUAUCGUGGAGAUCGGCGAUUCUGAACAAGAAUUAUACUGUCAUCUCCGUGUAUAGCAGCGUAUGGAUGCGGAUUCGGUGAACGUUUGUCGUUUGUUCCAUGACUAUGAUGCACAUUUUAUGCAUUUCUGACAAGAUUCGUGACGGGAUUUGUGGCAAGACAGGUGCUGUAAACUAGAGACUGUAAGAACAUCAGUGUACUGUUUUCGAUUUAUUAAAAUUAUUGUAAGAAGAAGGGAA